AUGACGGCUCUUGUCUACUCGCAUCCACCUCUGAUUCGCUCUUGCCACACUGGAUAUGACUGCCAAUGGCUACUUUCGUACUGAGCCUCCGACUACAAUUACAAUGUCCCAUCCCGAAACAUGAUCGAAGAGGCUGUCCAGAAAAAAAUGCAGGACCAUCGCGCUUUGGCCUAAGAACAAUAGCAUCCACUAAGCGAGUCCAAUCGCUCAAAUAGAGCUGAUAACGCUCUGCUUUGUUCUUUCCCCACAUACUUUCCCCCCUCGCUCGACGCUGCCAGAAUGCCCAAAGCCACUUCCUCUCUGCCCAUCGCUGCCUCUUCCAGUUCAGCAGCAUCGGUCACUGACUCCCCUGAGUACCUCGUCACUGUCGACAACGUCGUCCUCCUGGUUUCUGGCUCCGCUCGCGUGUCCUUCGCUACCGGACGGGGCUCGAAUCGCAAGUACACCGAGAUCAAUGUGUCUGUCUUGAAAUCAGAAGACGAUUCGAAUGAAAGAAAAGUGACGGUCGAUGCAAGCAGCACCAAGGUAGGUGCUGCGGGCCGGCUGAUCGCCACUUCAAAGCAAGCGCUUGACGCCACGGUUUCAGAGAAAAACUCGACCACUAUUAGCUUCGCGUCGGCUUCCGCUGUGGCCCGUGGUGCCAAGGCCGAAAGCCCGCAACCCGGAAGACGAAACUCCACCGCAGACCGACCUUCGACGUCGCGUGAAAAGAAAGUCAAACAAUUAAGCAAGCGCACGGGGUCCUCCCAAGCUGCCAAGCGCCGGCACUCAGAGCUCGACGACGGCGACAACUCCGAUGAAGAUACGGUCGAGAAAGAGAGUCAACCGCGGCAGGCUGCAAACAACAAUGAUGAAGACCAAGACUCCAGCAGAGGUUCCAAGCGCCGCAAGGUCCCAGCUGUGCGGACGGUGCCGACGACUUUCGAGCCUCCUCUUCCGGGAAGAGUGCCGCUGCCCAUGAUGACCACCAUCCUCGACCCCACCCUCCGCGGCGGCAGGUCAGCGCGGCGGCGGGUUCCCACCGCUGCCGGGCCCCCGGUCCACUUCGGUGUGCCGGCGCAGGUUAUGCCCACCACUGUCGAGCCUCCCCUUCGCGCUAGCUAUACGGGUCGGAGAGCGGGGCAAGAGCGGUCGGGCGCUUCGCGCGACGGCACACUCCAGCUGCAACUAUGAUAGAAUAGCACCGUUGCAUGAGAUCGAGAUCAACGUAUACCAGUUCUGCCUUCUUAAUUAUUUCUACUCGGCUGCAGAUCCUGUCGCAUCUAGUAGACGACUCAUCGAAAGCGCUGAGAUCCCGCCGUCUUCUGAAUUCCGCUCAUUCUCAGUGGCUCUCCUCAAGUCCGAAUGAAUCGUAUUCAGACCGAGUUGACCCUCCUGCCUGUUAGGGGGUCACUCGGGUUCGGGUUCAUUUCAAGAACGAGGUGUACGAUUUUUCAAACACCAAGAGGCACCGUACAUUAAUCAAUCUCACUGAUAAUUGGCCAAGGGGUCCACUGCAAGACAGAGUUGUGUAUCCGCAUUGGAAAAUCAAUCCAACUUGGAGCACUCACAGCCAGCCAUCAAGUCCUAUAAGGGAAACGGAUUCUCACCCGAGCGUGUGUUUACUUCGGACCCGGCCCGACUUCCGUUCCAACUUUCAACUCUCUCUGACCUUUCGACUCAUCUUGGGCGCUCGCAGACUCUGGAUGACUGAC